AUGGCAAUAUUAUCAAUUUGCAGUGAGAUCUACAGCACGGUGAUUGGGGCUGCGGCCCCCGGCCCCCCCGGCCCCCUCGGCCCUGCUGCUGAUAGUACUGAUGAGCUAAACACUCCUCGGGCAGGGCUGCUCCCUUGGGCACCUGAGGGUCCGGGGCCCGAUUCAGACCUCAGCCGCAUCCCGACAUCCAGGCACAGAUCUGGGCCUCUCCUUCUCCUGAAGCUUUUUGUCACUGGGAGCUACGAGCAGAGGCGGAGUGGCCCCUGUGUCAUCACCGCAGACCAUCGCAUUUAUGUCGAGAUUUCAGCCAAAGGACCCCUCACAGAUGUUGUGGAGGUGAGGUCAUGCAUGGUCUCGCCUCAUUCAGACCCCAAAAAAUCUCCUUUCUGGUUUGUCAUAAGAGAGGGCUGUUCCUCAGACCCCUCAGUGGCCUUGGAAGCAACGACCAAAGAAGAAGAGGGGAAAGGUGAUGGCAAAAUGGAAAAGGAAGAGAUGGAGGGAGGUUAUCACAGACAUAAUGCCUCACUCCGACAGGAAGUUGGAAGAAGAAAAGAUGCACCAGCGAGGAUGGAGAGGAGCAGCAUGGUCAUGGGAGCAGAGGAGGAGCUCCAGCCCUUGAGAUUCAGUUUUAUCCUGCGGUCGGUUUAUAAUAACUCUAUGCAGUUUCUCCACUGCAGCCUUCACCUGUGUGUCUCCGACUCUACGAGGAGGAACCCCACGAAGGAAGCAGUGAAGGACUGUAAGGAUGGACUGCGUAUUCCAGCACUUCAGUCCAGGUCACCCAGACAUCAGUGUGAGAUCAGAAACCUCUCCAGGCCCGUCUUGGUCACUCAGUUUAUUAGUUCCCUGGCACCCAGACUGCCGAGGCCCCCUGCUGGCCAAAAGACCAAGAGACUGAGUGUGUCCCAGCUGCCCAGCCAAAACCCAGAGCACAGCAGCUCAGUGGUGCAGAUAGGACCCAUGAUGGGAAUCGUGUUUGCUGCCUUUGUGAUGGGUGUCACUCUGAUGGGGGGACUGUGGUGCAUCUAUAAUCAUACAGGGGGGCGUCCAACAUCACCUGGAGGAGACAAAGGUCAGUUAACAAGCCGAACUCAAGGAGGCCACAACGCCUGGAAUCCACUGUCUGAGCAGUCGUCCAGCUCGGUGUAGAGGAUUUCCUCCUGCAAAUCAGAGAGAAGUGGAGCAGACGUUCCGUGUGUGUGUGAGCGGGCACAGCCACCUGUCGGUGCGUGCACAACCGGACUGAGACCGUGUGAAUACAGUAGCAUUUCCCCAUCGCUGCAUUGUGACAAAGUGAAACGCUGUUUGUGUGAUGCUUCGAGCCGUUCUACAUGGAGUCAUUUCAGAAGUGGCAGUGAGUGUGACACCACAUCACCGUCGCCUGUAAAGACACAACGCAGUGCCAAAGACGGGCACUGUGCGUGUGUGCCUGGUUUGACUCUGAGCUGUUGUGUUGUAACUGAGUCAGCUGGAUAUCAGAAGUUCGUCUGUGUGAAUCGUUGUGUGUUUUACACUGAGCUAAUUGGCCUGUCGCUCUCACAUCACAUGACCCAAAUAAAACAGAGGAAGUUG